AUGUCCUUUCAGUACUCGGGUGGACUUCUGAAGUACAAAAAUCCAAAGAUUCGUUUGGCUCUCGGGUUCAGUGGGCUUUCGAGUUUUGAAGAACAACGAAAAAUCAAGAUUCGUCUCAGGUGUCUCAGGUGGGAUUCCAAAAAACAGAAUACUCAAAGAUUCGUAGGUUUUUUUCAGUUCUUGGGCAUUGGAUAUAUAGGUUUUGGCUUUUGUUUCUUAGGCUUUGAAUAUACAGGUUUCGGCUUUCGUUUAUUGGAUGUUGGAUAUAUGGGUUUGGCCUUUGGUUUUUGGAUGUUGAAUAUACAGAUUUCGGUUCAUGGAUUUUGGAUAUAUGGAUUCGACUUUCAGUUUUUGGGCUUUGGAUAUAUGGCUUUCAGUUAUUGGGCUUUGGAUAGGUUUUCACUUUGA